AUGGCGGAUGAGGACGUCGCACCAUCAGAGGUGCAUCAUUACAAAAGUACUGAGGAAGUCCCCUGGGAUAUUCAAAAUUAUUGGGCUCAACGGUACCGCAUUUUCUCCAAGUAUGACGAUGGGGUAUGGUUGACGGAUGAUGCUUGGUUUGGAGUCACUCCUGAACCUGUGGCCAACAAAAUAGCAGCCCAUCUUGCUGAGAACGCUCCAGCUGGGCGCUGUAUCUUGGUGGAUUGCUUUGCCGGCGCCGGAGGCAAUACCAUCGCUUUCGCAAAGACAGGCAAAUGGAAGCGCGUCUAUGCGAUCGAGAAGGACCCCGCUACUCUCCAAUGCGCCAAACACAAUGCCAAGAUCUACGGCGUUGAGAAUCAAGUCACCUGGUUUGAAGGCGACUGCUUUGAGAUCCUGAAGAAACAGCUAAAGGAUUUAGCCCCAUACAGUGUGAUCUUUGCAAGCCCUCCUUGGGGUGGGCCCGGAUAUCGUUCAGAUCAGGUAUUCAACCUGCGGACCAUGGAGCCGUACUCGCUCGAGACACUCUACAAGGAGUAUUCGCUCUUUACCCCCCACAUCGCUCUGUAUCUGCCCCGGACGUCAGAUGUCAGGCAGCUGGCGAAGUUUGUGCCCGAGGGUCGCAAGGCCGAGGUGAUGCACUAUUGUAUGGAUGGGCACAGCAAAGCGUUGUGUAUCUUCUAUGGAGAAGUUAAUGGACAAUAA